CUGAGAAGUAGGGGAGGGGAAGUAAUGACCAGUCAGACGAGGUUCCCCUCUCCCGCUAACAGUCUGGUAGUCAUUAUCUGUUAAUGUCCCGAAGCGUCCACAGUGAUGGUAAACGAAGAAGCCAGGUCUAAUCAUCCAAGUUGACAAGCGCUUAGUCCACCAGACUCACAAGUUCGCGAAAGUUACUACCCUUCAUACCAUUGUGGGAAAUAUGGAUCUAAAUUGUCCGAUAUUAUUAAUUGUUUUUUCGUCCCUUCUAAUCUUCUGCACUUGUCAGUUCAAUCAAGAUGAACGGUUAGUGCAGAACAUCAACAAAAUAAGGCGACUUCCUGGACUGGAUGUUUGUGGCAUAUCGAGUUCCACAUUUGAGACAAAAAUCAUUAAUGGGAGACCUGCAGAGCUAGGAUCGUACCCCUGGAUGGCUUUGGUGGGGUACAAGCUGAAGCAAUCACAAGAAACUCAAGUACCCCGGUGGCUCUGCGCAGGUAGCCUCAUAACCGAUCUCUACGUCCUCUCCGCAGCCCACUGCCUGGACCCCAGAGUCAUCGCUACCAGAAGACAGCUAGUGCCGACAACAGUCCGUCUAGGAGAGUUGGAUUUGGACCCUGAUGUCGAUGAUGGAGCGAGACCUAUUAACGUUGACAUCGAGACAGUGAUAUUUCACGAACAAUACAACAAUAACCUGAAAAUAAACGACAUUGGUCUCAUCAGACUCAAAACCAAAGUGCCAUACUCAGGUAUGUACGUGUUCGUAGUUUCUUUCUAUAUUAUCUGUUACAAAUUAAGUGUAUAAUUACAAGUUGUAAAA